AUGCUCUUUCUUUCCAGAACCACACUAAUACCGGCCCGGCGGAUGCCGAAAAUCGCCCCGGCGGCCCUCCUCCGCCGCCUUUCCAACCUCCCACAAGACUUUGACCCGAAAAAAAGCCUCCCUUCGCAAGGCGAGUGGAAACACUUGAAGCAGCACAUUCCUGGAGAAGGCGACCAGAAAAACGACUUGAAGGAGCGGAUCCCCAUGUUCCCGCUCGGCAAGGAGAACGUGCCGACGCUUCUUCCGCGUCCCUGCGUGCCCCGGGUCGGACCCAACAUGUCGUUUCGCCAGGUGAUUCUGAUUUUGAAAAACAAGACCCAACCGGAGCUUUUAUACGAGCUGGAGCCCCACAGACUCUACUUUUUGGCGUGUUUCUGCUGCGCCGUCGUGUUCACCGUGUACGGGUGUGUUUUGCUCGAAUGGGCCGUGUACCAGGCCAACAAGGACUACGAGGAGAACGAAAAAGAGCUUGCAGAGGCCUUGAGGAAACGAGAGUGGGUUGUUCUGGUCGGGAAAUAUGGCAUCAUGGGCGCCGUGAUGCUUUUUAUGGCGUACCAGACGGCCAUGUUCCCCACCAGGCUUAUCAGGAGAAUGUGGUAUCUUCCUGGUCCGGUGGAGCACAUCAAGUUCACUUCGUACCCGUUGUUGCCCGGCAGACCGUCGCCUGUCUACACGGUGCCCUUGCGUAAUUUAACGAGAAAGCACCAUGCCCGUGUGUGGACCGGCAAGGGUUUCUACGGCACUGCCGACAAGUCGUUGUUCUUUUUCGUGUUGAAGGAGGAGACCACCAAGAAGUCGUGGGUCGUCGACAGAAGGGGCUUUUUCUGGUCGGACGGGCGUGUGUUUGACUUGCUUUUCGGCAAGGAGACGAUUGCAGAAGCCGAAGCUGGUAUUCCGUACGAUGAGCAGAUUGGCAUAGUGAACCGCGAGGUGAAGAGAAAGAAGCAGAAGUUGCGGAAGCAGCACGGUCCGUUCUGGCAGUUGAAGCUUGGAGCGAAGGAGUUCAAGGAGGACGUGGGCAAGGCCACGAAUUACGUCAAGGGUGCAGCGAAAAACCAGACCAAGGCGUUGCCCAAGGGCAAGAAGGGCAAGUUUCUGAAGGAGAAGUAG